UUGAUUUUAUUAGACAUGAAAAACCCAACAUUACCAACGAGCAUCGAAAGUCAAACGCCGUCUACAAAUGUAAGGCCACUGCGUGGUUUGCUGUUGAAGUGUGGCCUGCUGUUGGCAGUGGUUGCCUCAACCGGCGCUUACUUCGUGUGGCUAAUGAACCAAAGCAGCGAGCUGCUCAGCACCGGCCUGCGCAUUCUCGAUCGCAGUGAGUGGCUUGGGGAACCACCGAGCGGAUUCAAGCGGCUGCCCACGCCCGUUUCAAAUGUCAUCAUACAUCAUACGGCCACGGAGGGCUGCGACACAGAGGAAGCGUGCAUUUAUCAGAUGCGUAUGAUACAGACGUUCCAUAUGGCCUCGCUGGACUAUACGGAUAUUGCCUAUAAUUUUCUGGUGGGCGGCGAUGGCCAGGUGUACGUGGGUCGCGGCUGGCAUGCACAGGGCCAGCACAUCUCGGGCUAUGGCUCUGUCUCACUCAGCAUUGCCUUCAUAGGGACCUUCACGAAUGUGGCCCCGGAGGAUAAGCAGGUGCGUGCAGCCAAGCGGCUGAUGGACGAGGGCGUGCGCCUGCACAAGCUGCAUCCGGACUAUCACAUCUAUGCCCACCGGCAGCUGAGACCCACCGAAAGUCCUGGCCAGAAGUUGUUUGAGCUGAUGCGGCACUGGCCACGCUGGACUGAAGAUGUGACCUCAUUGCGCAGAUUGAACGACGAGCCGUUGAGGCUUGUGGCACGCGCUGCUUGGCUGGCCCAGCCCGCUCUGAAGGAGCUGCCUCCCCUGGAGCUGCCAGUCAAAGCUGUGCGCUUUGAGUUCACCCUGUCCGAGCCAUGCACCACACAGGCAUCGUGCACCUUUCACAUGCGCUUUUUGCAAAUCCUGCACAUCGAGACCGAGAACAAACAGGACAUUAACUACAAUUUCGUGGUGGGUGGCGAUGGCAACGUCUACGUGGCCAGGGGCUGGGACGCUAGCUGCGAGUCUGCGACCGACGCAGAUAAGCCACAAUUGGAUGCGCUCAUUGUGGGCUUUCUGGGCAGGUCGAAGCCCAAUGCCAGUCAAAUGAAAGUCGCACAGGAUCUGCUUGCACAGGGCAUCAAAUUGGGCAAGCUGGCGAAGGACUAUGAGCUGAUAGACGAACUGAAGUAGAGCUGCAGCCAGACGCGGCUUAGCCAGUGCCCCAGCAAGGGGCGCCAUUCCGUGAACUUCACCAAAUACUAUUCUACAUUAAUUGAUAGUCCCAGUUAAAUUAUAUAAUAAAUUUACUUUUUUUUUUUA